CGCCUCCUCCUCUCACGCCGUUUCCGCGCGCCCUCUGCCAGACGCGCAAUUCAGCGGGCGCACAGCAGCGCACACACUUCCGUGCACUGCACAGCGGGAAGCGUGUCCAAGCGUGCACUUUGAGAGGGGGUAAAGAAACCCCACGGAGCUCCGUUUCCUCCCGCCCGUGCGUUUAUUCAUUCUCACAGUGCAAAUAAGUGAUGAGACUGAGAGAAACAGAUGCCGACGCCGCCGCACUUCUCUUUCACGUUCCGGGGGAAGCAGAUCUGAGAGCGCGCGCGGUGUUUUCCUGCGGUUCUCAGACGUGGGACUCACGGCGCUCCUGCUAAACCACUCUGCUGAAGGUACAGCGAUGAUUCCGGCUCCCAGCGCCGACUGCAUGCAAGAUUUCUUGCAGACCAGAGGUUACCCAUCCUCCUCUUUCUCCUGCCCACCCAAGAUGGCUUGCCAGGAGUGCCAUUCCAUGCUGCCAGCCUGACUGUGCCCCAGCUCUGUGAUCUCCCUGAGACUUUUCCCCAGUGCACUGCUACAACGCCGCAAAUUACCAUUCCCAUCUGUUGGCUGCCCUUCUCCCUGCUGCUCUCCCUGUCAAUGGCUGCCUUGCUGGGAUCUGUGUUCCUCUUGGUCCUACAGACAUAUGCUGCUCCUCCAGAGUUUAUCCAGAUGUGGCCCAGUGCCCCAACCUCAGGCCCUGGAUAUCUGGCUAAUGAGACAGUCACCCCCUCCCUGGUGCCCCCACCUGGCACCAGCAAGCACCUCCCUCACAGCAUCAUUAUUGGUGUCCGUAAAGGUGGCACACGUGCACUUCUGGAGAUGCUGGACAUUCACCCUGAAGUAGCAGCAGCAGCUACAGAAGUUCACUUCUUUGACUGGGAUGAAAACUAUGCCAAGGGCCUAGAGUGGUACCGUGACCUUAUGCCGUAUUCAUACCCUCACCAGAUCACUAUCGAAAAGACUCCAGGCUACUUCACUUCACCUUCAGCUCCAGCCCGUAUCCGUGCUAUGAACUCCUCGAUCAAGCUCCUGCUAAUCUUGAGAGACCCGGUUGAGAGAGUCAUCUCCGAUUACACACAGGUGUACUUCAACCGGCUGGAGAACCACAAGCCUGUGCAUGCCAUAGAGGACAUGCUGGUCAGGAACGGGGCUCUUAACACACGGUACAAGGCCAUUCAGCGUAGUCUCUAUGAUGUGUAUAUGAGGAACUGGCUCCUGCACUUCCCUCUGGAGCAGAUCCAUAUUGUUCAUGGGGACACACUGAUUCAUAACCCUUUGUCAGAGCUGCAGAAAGUGGAGAAAUUCCUGGAGCUGCCACCACGGAUAGUAGCCUCCAACUUCUACUUCAACCAGACAAAGGGCUUCUACUGCAUCCGCAGCGAUGGCAGAGAAAGAUGCCUGCAUGAGUCCAAAGGGCGACCUCAUCCUCCCGUGAACAGCACCGUUCUGGAGCAGCUCCGCUCCUACUUCCGCCAGCACAAUCACAAUUUCUACCAACUGGUCGGACACACUUUUAACUGGGGCUAGUGCUGGGGAAUAUCUGAGCCUGUCCUAGGUUCCUUGCCAACUAAUAUAUUUAUUGGCUGAUUAUCAGUAAUGUUGAGCAAGGGUGCAGAUGGAUGCCUUUUGAACUCUUAUUGUGACUGCAGAAUAACUUUGCAAUGAGAAAAUUGUAAUCAUUAAGAAAAUAAUUGAACGAAUAAUUUAUAAAUGAAUAUAUACAGUGAGCGCAGCCCAGAGCUUUGAUCCUCUAUACUAUAAGCAAGUUACUGAAGGGAGACUGAAACAAACAUUUUUGUGAACUCAUGGGCCUUUUUUUUUUUUUCUUCAUUUGAUAUUCUUGUACUUGAUAAUAAAUGGUUCUGUUUCCAAAAUUGGA